UUGGCUUGUAUUUCAGUAUUUGGAUGUGUUUUUGUCAAAAACCUAAAAAUAUUCUUAACUAUUCGCACCCUUAAAGCUAAUAAAUGAUAAUUUCACCGAUAGUCUGCUGAAUAAAGUGUUUAGCACUGCAUUGGGCUGUAUGAGUGUUACUGUUAGUGAGUGGACUGAUGGUCGGUGGAGCAGAAGAGUGGAGACCACGUACCGUUGUACGAAAUCACACUAUGAAAUGGAGGAUGGCAUGGACAUAGAGGAACAUGAUCUGUUGAACAACCCUACUGUGAGGAGUGUGUUUCCAGAUCUUGCCGUUCUCAAACAAGAAAUAAUUGAUUUUGAUACAAGUGAAGGUGUAGCACCAGAAUCCUUUACAACGCCGGAAGUACCAAAGAGAUAUGAAAACGAAAAUCAACUACACAAUUUAACGGUCUACAGUAGGGAUCAUCCUACCGAGUGCUCCACUCAAGACCUGGAUGUGAAACCUGACCACCUGUGUACUGACAUGGAUGACACAAUAACUGUCAAGGGCAACAGUUUGACAGAAUUUCAUGAAGUUGAAACUGAAAUCAAGAAGGAAUCAGAGAAUGUUGUACCAAAUGAAUUGCCAUUUUACAGAAACAGAAUUAUACUCGGCAAGAUACAUGUAGAUGAGUCUGACGAAGAACGAGAAAUUGAUACACCAGGUGACUGUAAUAAUGUUGUUAACAACAAAACAAACAAUGAUCAAGAUUUGGCAGUGUCAAUAUACACUGAUGAAAAUAGAAGCAUGAGGAUAACUAAACAGAAUUAUGAAAUGGAAAAAUGUUUGGGAGCGAAAAUUAUUCUAACAAACUGCUUUACACCUCUAUUGAACAAUAACUGUUACUGUGCUCAGUGUGCAGUGUUGUUCCCCACCACUAAAGCGUAUAGUGAACAUUACACGAGCACACACACCGAGACCACUAACUCAACUAAAGCCUCGGCUUCUCCUGUGACACAUAAAAAAAGAAAUAACCCACGUGAAAAGGUAUUUGUGUGUGACACCUGCAAGAAAACAUGCGACAGAAAAAGUAUGUUAAUAAAGCACAUGUUAGUUCACACUGGAAAAAGGCCAUUUGAGUGUGACAUUUGCAAGAAAACCUUCAAUCAGCGAAGUGCUAUGAAAACACACAAGUUAAUACACACUGGUGAAAAGCCAUUCGAGUGUGCCAUUUGCACGAAAACAUUCAGACAAAGAAGUCAUUUGAAGGGCCACAACUUACUUCACACUGAAGAAAAACCAUUCCAGUGUGACAUUUGCAAGAAAACAUUUAACCAAAUAAAAAGUUUAAAGAGACACAAGUUACUUCACACUGGCGAAAAGCCAUACAAGUGUGGUGAUUGCAAAAAAUCGUUUAGUCAGCUUAGCAAUUUGAAAAAGCACAAAUUGAUCCACACGGGAGAAAAGCCGUUCCAGUGUGAUAUUUGCACGAAAUCAUUUAACCAUAGAAAUAAUCUUAACAGACACAAGUUAGUUCAUUCUGGCGAAAAGCCAUUCCAGUGUGAAAUUUGCACAAAAACCUUUUACCAAAGAUGUAAUUUGAAGAGGCACAUGUUACUUCACACUGCAGCACAGCCAUAUGAUUCUGAUGCGUCAGAAAAAAUGUGAGAGAGUUCAUGCCAGGAUGUUAAAAAGUGUGUUGUUCACUUUUAACUAUUGCAAGCCAGUGAAGUGAUUGCACUUUUCACUAAUUUAACUACUUGACCUAGUGGUCUAAUCGUUAAGCUAUUCGGCUUUCUAUAUGGAGGUUGAGGGUUCGAGUCUCUGGGAGGAGUAACUUUUAAAUAUUAUAUUAGUUUUUCUUUGUUAAUCAUUAUAGGUAGGUUAUUUUAGACAAUCUUUAUCAAUAUGAGCAGGAAAUAAAAUAAAAAAUAUAAGUAUAAGAAAAAAAAACUUUAUUUCACUAUAGGUACAAGUAAAUAUUAUUAGUCUGUAUGCAGAAUUAUUAUAAACAAAAGUAAACAAAUUCAGAAAUUGUAGAAUUACAACAAUGAGAACCAACAUGUUACUAAAUUUCACAAUUUAUAUCUCUUGUUCUUUUCUACAAUUAAAAAGUAUUGUGGUAUAUGUAUUGGUAAAUAAUAUAACCUUAUUGCAUUACUAUAAUAAAUGAGUGUUUAUUCAGCA